AUGCCUUCACGAACGCAGUUUGGCCACACUGCGGCCAAGUGGCUUGGUAUCAAGCUGGAAGCACGCGAAGAGGUUACACGAGGAGAGUCCAUCAUAUCUAACCACACUGCCGACUCUUUCCUUGAGGAAGAACCGACCACUGCAGAAGUUCUGGCCGAAUUAACGCCCAGCGGAAAAGAUGUCGCCAACUACUUCAAGUCUCUCUUCCCUUUCCUGUCGUGGAUCGGAUUCUACAACCUGCAGUGGCUUAUUGGUGACCUAAUCGCCGGUAUCACGAUCGGAGCCGUUGUCGUCCCUCAGGGAAUGGCAUAUGCCAAACUUGCCAACCUACCAGUCCAAUUUGGCCUGUACUCUUCGUUCAUGGGAGUUUUGAUAUACUGGUUCUUUGCCACCUCUAAGGAUAUCACUAUUGGUCCCGUCGCUGUUAUGUCCACAGUUACAGGCAAUGUCGUGAACAAUGCCAUCGCGAUUCUUCCUCAGUACAAAGACGAGCCCUGGGUGAUCGCCAAUGCCUUGGCGAUCAUUGUCGGAGCUAUUGUGUUCUUCAUCGGCAUUAUACGCUUCGGCCGAAUCGUUGAGGUCAUUCCUCUCGUCUCCUUAGCCGCGUUCAUGACAGGUUCCGCUAUCAACAUCGCCGCCGGUCAGGUCCCUACCAUGAUGGGCAUCUCGUUUCCGAAGCCGUAUACGACAAGAGAUGCCACUUAUAUGGUCAUCAUCAACACCCUGAGAAACCUCCCCUCGACAAAGCUCGACGCUGCGAUGGGUCUCACGGCUCUCCUCAUGCUGUAUCUGAUCCGAAUUGCUUGCAGUACCUCGGCGAAGAGAUGGCCACAACACCAGAAGCUGUUCUUCUUCCUCUCGACCCUGAGAACUGCAUUCGUGAUCCUGCUGUACACCAUGAUAAGCUGGCUGGUCAACAUGUGGCACCACGACAAACCCUUAUUCACCAUCCUCCAAGAUGUCCCUCGAGGAUUUACACAUGCUGCAGUCCCUACCAUCAACAAGGAAAUUAUCAACUCAUUCGUGAGCGACCUGCCGGUGUCGGUCAUCGUUCUACUCAUCGAGCACAUUGCCAUCUCUAAGUCUUUUGGCCGGGUCAACAACUACAGGAUCAACCCGUCUCAGGAGAUGGUCGCUAUUGGUGUUACGAACCUGUUGGCUCCAUUCUUGGGCGGAUAUCCAUCCACUGGCUCCUUCAGUCGAACUGCCAUCAAGUCAAAGGCUGGUGUACGAACCCCUUUCGCUGGUGUCAUUACCGCCAUUGUGGUGUUGCUUGCGAUUUACGCCCUCCCGGCAGUUUUCUACUACAUCCCGAACGCCUCCUUGGCUGCGGUCAUCAUUCACGCUGUUCUGGACCUCAUUACGCCACCUCAGACCCUUUACAAGUUCUGGCGUGUGUCGCCGCUUGAGGUGUUCAUCUGGUUUGUCGGUGUGUUUGUGACAAUCUUCACGAGCAUUGAUAAUGGAAUUUACUGCACGGUUGCGAUCUCCUUUGCGGUCUUCCUUUUCCGUAUUCUUGUCGCCAAGGGACGAUUCCUCGGCCGGGUCCAGGUCCACUCCGUGCUGGGAGACCAUGUCAUUGGUAACAACGACAAUGGCGCCAGCGAGUACGGUACCUUCAAGGGUGCAUCCGACUCGCCUGCCAAGCGUAACGUCUUUAUUCCCAUCGGACACGCCGAUGGCUCGAACCCUGAGCUGGCCGUUGGUGAGCCAUAUCCUGGCAUCUUCAUCUACAGGUUCUCGGAGGGCUUCAACUAUCCGAAUGCCAGUACUACUCUUGAGUACAUGAUCGACUACAUCUUUAAGCACACUCGUCGCACAAAGACGGAUUCGUAUGCUCGCCCGGGCGACAGACCCUGGAACGACCCUGGCCCCAAGAAGGGCGAACACGUGGACCUGAACUUGCCAACCCUCAAGGCCGUGAUCCUUGACUUCAGCUCCGUCAACGCAGUAGACGUAACUUCAGUUCAGAUGUUGAUCGACGUGCGCAACCAGCUAGAUCGGUACACAUCACCCGACGUUGUGGACUGGCACAUAGCUUGCAUCAACAACCGCUGGACCAAGCGCGCGCUCGUAUCCGCGGGUUUUGGAUGGCCAACUGAGCGCCCCGACGGGGCCCAGCACCGCUGGCAGUCCAUCUUCAGCGUUGCUGAGAUCGGCGGCUCGUCAUCAGCCGCCGCCGCUGCCGAGCAGGAGGCCAACGAGAAGGCCUUCGGCGUACACCAGACGCGCGCCAGCAGCUCCGACCAGGCCCCCGGCGACAACCUCGAUGCCAUCGAGCGCGGCGCUGCGAGCUCCAGUGCCAGUGGCUCUAUCAAGAAGGGCAACUCCGGCGGUGGCGUUCAGAAUAAGAGGAGAGUUGCGGUACACGGGCUUAACAGACCCUUGUUCCACGUCGAUCUCACGGGUGCGCUGCAGAGCGCCAUUGCGAACGUGGAGGCCCGGGAAAGCCAUCAGUCUGCUGUCAGCGACGCAGAGGCUCUGUGA